AUGAAUUAUGUGAAGGAGUAUUUAGAAGACAUAUAUAAAUAAGGUAAAAUUAUUGGAAUAUAGGAUAAAUAUAUUGCAUAAGAAAUUAAAUGUGAAUGUGUGUUUGUUGAUAGGACAAGUGUUAGUUUUUAGAUCAAGAGGAAUAUUAUCCUUCAGAUCAUCUCAAAAAGGCAAAAAAGCCAUAAUUCAAGUUGUUAAGAAAAAAAAUAGAGCAGUCCAAAAAUUAAUUCUUUUUCAGAUCAUUAAAAUAUCAAAGAAAUAACAAUUUUAUCUCUAAAAAAGAAUUUCAAAUGUUUAAAGAAACCAAUAAUAGAUAUAAGAUUAUUACUUAAUUUAAGUUCUUUGUAUAAUGAUGAAACAAUGUCAUACAAAUAAUUUUGCCAUUUUAUAAAAGCCGAUAAUGCAUUAAAUGCAAGUAAAUUAAAUAAUAAUUAUAGUUUUAUAAGCCAGAUAAACAAUUGAAAGUGUCUAAUAGAGAGUUUAUAAAUAUAAAUAGAAUAUUUUGUUAAUAAAUAAUUCAAUUGAUACAGAAUUUUAAACUUUCAAAAAAAUAAGUGAUGAAAAUGAUACUUAUUUUGAUUAAUAAACAUUUGAACAUGCUUUCAUAUCAAAUUAAAUGCGUAUCUAGAAUAAUUACAAAAUAGAUUAAUCUUUAUUGAUUAACUAAUGA